GACGAACCUUCACCUCCCCUGUUUGACAAGGCUGAUGCCAAGAUCCGAAGCAAUACACUCUAUUCUAGCUACUAGAUAAUAAACUAACUGCGAUGCCUCGGUUGUGGGGUAUUUCGUGACGACAAUCUCUGUUUGGGCCCUAGAACCAGCAUGUGGACUUGGGGAAAUCGGAGAUCCAAGAGCGAACGAACCAACCGCGCGCCAGCAUCGCCAUACCCCAGUGUCAGGACAACGACUAGGGCUGUAUUUGUUAUUCUGUUAGGGAUUUUGGAGAUGCGUGCGGGGUUUCUGAUGCUCAUGCGCCUUGCGCACGGUGUGAACUUCCUCAGAUCCCGCGGUUGAAAUGUCACAGCCAUUCACAGUCUCACGCCUUCGGCAUAAAAAAUCAUUCAGCUAAGCGCACACAAUACAAAGUAAUAACUGGCGAGUAUGUAUCAGAAUUGCAAGCGAGCUUCAUACUCCAAGUCUCCUCCCGUUCCCCAUUUUGUUGGGAUCCGGGGCGGCGUGGCGUGGCGCUAGAAAGUAGCGUUACUCGCUUUCGCUUGUGAUGGAUCGGAAAUGCAUGUGAAGAUGAAGAAAGGGACGCCGAUGGUGGGGUAUUGCCACUAAUGAUUUCGGCGUUCAGUUGGUCGGCAGCGCGGGGGAAGGGGAGCUUAAGUAUUUAAGUUUCUUGGGGUAUCUCCAAAGCCCCAUUUCACUUAUUGCUCCGAUCACGGUAUAUCAGGACGAGGAAGGCGGCAAUAGGUAACCCUACGUUUUGAAGCUCAUUGCUCCUACGUAUUUGAUACCAUUCAACUCGACUACCGGCCAACAUGUCGAAUUCAACGACAAUGCCUAAAUUUCCCACCAGCAACAUCCAGCCAGCGUGGCAAGCCACCGUGGAAGCCUACUCCCCGCAGUUCCUCGAGAUAUGCGGCACGCUCAUCGUCCAGCUCGCCUUUUUCUGGAUCCCCUGCGCCUUCUACCAAUCCAUCGAUCUCUUCUUUCCCGCCUUCUCGCACCGUCAUAAGAUCCAACCCGCCCCCAAGGCCACCCCGCCAGAGCUAUGGUACUGCUUCUAUAUCGUCGUGCGCAACCAGGUCAUGUCCACAGUCCUGCACGUCGCUCUGCUCUUCGGAGUCUCCUACCUCGGAGAGACUUCGUCCUAUCGCAUCGACACCUCGCUGCCAGGGGUCAUUGAAAUCAUCCGCGAUCUCGUCGUCUGCAUUGCCAUUCGCGAGGUCAUGUUUUACUACUCCCACCGUCUGCUGCACCAGCCGCGCUUCUACGUGCCGAUCCACAAGUUCCACCACCGCUUCGUUGCGCCAGUCGCAAUGGCUGCCGAAUUUGCUCACCCUUUUGAGCACCUUGUGUCUAACAUGCUGCCCGUGUCGCUGCCGCCGCAGCUAAUCAACGCGCAUAUCAUCACGGCGUGGCUGUUCAUCGCGUAUGUGCUUCUCGAGACGGUGACGGUGCACAGCGGUUACGACUUUGGUGGAAAUAUGGCUUCGAUGCAUGAUCUGCACCACGAGAAGUUUUUGGUCAACUUCGGAACGGUGGGGUGGUUGGACCGCUUCCACGGGACGUACAAGUCGCAGGCAACGAAGGUGGAGAAGAAGAAGCAGUAAGGAGUUGGCUGAGUAGAGGAAGAAUUACGCAAGAAAGAAAGAGACACUGGAAUUGUCGCUAGGAUUUAAAGACAGAGUGGUAACUAUAGGGUUGUAUGUCACAAGGUGACUACUAUAAAAUAUAUUAUCAGAGAUGGGGAAAUAUUACGACACAGCGCAGGCGGCUGAGAUGGAGCUAUGAUAUAAUGAUACGCAGCGAAGGGGAUGAAUAGUAUUGGAGAAUAGACAUACACAAGUGGUGUACGUGCACCCAAUUUGAAUAAAUCAUCGA